AUGGAUGCUUCUGCGGAUAUUUAUCAAGAGAUCCAAAAGUCCAAGAUAGAGUCAUUAGAAAUAAAUGUAGUUGCUAGUUUGGUUUCUGCUGGGAGGGCUACUGACGUGCAAGGGGCUUUGGAUUCUCCGACAUUGAAUGCAUUUUUGGGUAAACCUUUUCCAGAAGUUGACAUUUACCUUUGCAGAAUCGGGCAGGAAUCACUGAUGGAAGAGAAUUUGGCUAAUGAUUACGUAGAAAUUGAAUUGGCCCCUAUAGCUGUUCUGUUAGCAUAUGUUCAACAGAUCCUAGGUAACACACAAGAAGCUUUUGAAUCUUAUACCAAUGUUAUCAAGAGAAAUCUGGCAGAUGAAUCAUCACUUGCAGUGGCAACAAACAACCGUAUUGCUCUGAAAGGCCCCAAGGAUGUGGCUGACAGGUUAAGAAAACUUGAUAAGCUGAUAGAGAAAGGUGAAGGACCCCAGACUUUCCAGCUUGCUCGUGGUCUUGACCUAAAGCUUUCACGUAAGCAAAGAGAAGCAAUAUUCAUCAAUCGUCUGCUGUUGCAACUUCAUUCUAAUAAGAUGGAUCAGGCUCGAGAACUCGCUUUUGCGCUGCCAAGCAUGUUUCCGGAUAGUGUAAUGCCCGCGCUGCUUCAAGCUGCAGUACAUGUAAGAGAGAACAAAGCGAACAAAGCAGAGGAGAUAUUAGGGCAAUUCGCAGAUAAGUUCCCUGACAAGUCAAAGGUCUUUCUGCUUGCAAGGGCACAGGUUGCGGCUUCGGCUGGCCAUCCUCAAGUAGCAGCUGAAUCUCUGCUGAAAAUUCCUGAUAUUCAACACAAGCCAGCAACUGUUGCUACCAUUGUUUCUAUGAAAGAGCAUACUGGAGAUAUUGAUAGUGCUGAUGCUGUAUUUGAUGCUGCAAUUCAGUGGUGGUCUAGUGCCAUGACUGAAGACAAGAAGCUUGAUAUCAUCAUGGAAGAGGCUGCUUCUUUUAAGCUAAGACAUGGAGGAAGGACGAGGCUGCACACAACCGCUCAUACAAAUAUUGAGAAAGCAGAAACUUAUGAGCAGCAGUUGAAACCAAUACCCGGUUUGAAGGCAGUUGACGUGGGGAGUCUGGAGAAAACUUCUGGUGCAAAGCAUGUUGAAAGCGGUUCAACCGUGAGCAUAACUGCAGCAUAUGAAGCAAAGAGUAAGGAGAAGACAAAGAAGAAAAGGAAGAGAAAGCCAAAGUACCCAAAAGGUUUCAACCCAGCAAACCCAGGCCCUCCACCAGACCCUGAGAGGUGGUUGCCAAAGAGGGAAAGGUCAAGUUACAGACCAAAGAGAAAGGAUAAGAGAGCAGCUCAAAUUAGGGGUUCUCAGGGUGCAGUAACAAAAGAUGCUGCUACUAGCGUAAACCCGAAAUCAAAUCCAACAACUAACUCUUAA